AUGUCGGACACAGAGGACGCGACGGCCGUCGCGACCGGGAACGAGCCCCUCGACCUGGUGCGGUUGUCAUUGAACGAGAUUGUCUUCGUCAAGCUGCGCGGAGACCGAGAAUUACAAGGCCGCCUUCACGCUUACGACAGCCAUUGUAACCUCGUCCUGGGCGACGUCACCGAGACGAUCUACGUGGUGGAUGAGCAGGAAGGCAACGACGACGACGACAACGACGGCAUCAGCACGAUCAAGAAGCAGUCGGAGAUGUUGUUUGUAAGAGGUCAGUUUCCGCAUGAAUGCCCCUCGCGGCAUGGAGAAAACCCACAAUGGAGGGAUACUGGACAGGAAAAGGCUGACAUUUCGGAACAUCCUGAACAGGUGAUUCGGUAG